AUGGAGAGGUCCCAGAGCCGGCUCAGCCUCUCCGCCUCCUUCGAGGCCCUCGCCAUCUAUUUCCCCUGCAUGAACUCCUUCGACGAGGAGGACGCCGAAGGGGACGGCCGGAGGCUGAAGGGAGCCAUCCAACGGAGCACGGAAACGGGUCUCGCCGUGGAGAUGCCCAGCCGGACGCUGCGUCAGGCCAGCCACGAGUCUAUCGAGGACAGUAUGAACAGCUAUGGCUCAGAGGGCAACCUCAACUAUGGGGGAGUGUGCCUGGCCUCAGACGCCCAGUUCAGCGAUUUCUUGGGUAGCAUGGGACCAGCUCAGUUUGUGGGCCGCCAAACCUUGGCCACUACAUCGAUGGGUGAUGUGGAGAUCGGGCUGCAGGAGCGGAACGGGCAGCUGGAAGUGGACAUCAUACAGGCCCGCGGGCUGACCGCCAAGCCUGGCUCCAAGACCCUCCCAGCCGCGUACAUCAAGGCGUACCUGCUGGAGAACGGGGUGUGCAUCGCUAAGAAGAAGACAAAAGUGGCUCGGAAGUCCUUGGAUCCCCUGUACAACCAGGCCCUGCUGUUUGCAGAGAGUCCCCAAGGCAAGGUGCUGCAGGUGAUCGUGUGGGGCAACUACGGGCGCAUGGAGCGUAAGCACUUCAUGGGGGUCGCCCGGGUGCUGCUGGAGGAGCUGGACUUGUCGAGCCUGGCGGUGGGUUGGUAUAAGCUCUUCCCCACCUCGUCCAUGGUGGACCCGGCCACGGGCCCUCUGCUGCGUCAGUCCUCCCAGCUGUCCCUGGAGAGCACCACGGGCCCCUGCGGAGACCGCUCCUAGGGCCCGGCCCGGCCCCCCAGCUCGACUCGGCCGGACCCCGGACCCCUGGCCUCGCAGUCGGCCCCGCGCACGGGCCGCCCCUGGGGACGCCCACCUGGGCUUGGAGUUCUGGCCGGUGGGGCCCGACACCCGGUCAACCCUCCCACCCCCCCAGACACGAUUCCCCCACCCCCACUUCGGGCCUAGCCCGAGAAGUCUCUGCCCCUCUCUUCCGGAAUGAACGCUGGGCCCUUUCUACUCACCACUCUCCAAGGUCCAUCCUAGGUGGGCACCUCGGGCGGGCGGCCUCGGGAUCGGACCUUCUAAAGAGGGAGGGCAAAGGGGUCGCCAGCUUUUCUAAGACUUUUCACUCGUCGCCAAGAUAACACAGCCCACCCAGCCUGCAGAUUUUUCCCUUUGGGGGUCCGGGGCUGUUUCAGGGGCUGGUCUGGGGGCCUGCUGGGGGCCACCACCUACCCAUCAGUGCCAAACCACCAGCAAGUGUCUUUCCCAGGGGGCUGGGCAGGGGACCGGGGAUGCCUCCGGGACUCGGACACAAGCAAGGCGCAUCUGAGGACCCCCGCCCAAAGAGGUGGUGGAGCCAGGGGCGAUCUGUGUGAAGUCUGGGAGCUUUCGGGAAAGCCCCGAGAGUAGGCCUGAGUCUCCCAGCUUGCUGGCAAAGGGCACAUCCCAGUUGGUCAGUCUGCCCAUCUUUUGGUUGAUGGUGGUGGUACCCUUUCUUCCCCUGGAAACUUGGGACUCUAAGCUGGCGAGGGAAGGAGCGGACUCUGAGGAUGCUUAAGGCUCCUGUCAGGUGGAUCGAAUCCUCCAACACUGGGACGGAGGCCAGGGGAUGGAGAGCGGCCCGAAGGCUCUCGCUCUUGACGGUUGGGUUGGGGCAUGAGCGCAGUGAAAGCUACUUCCUCUCCGCUCCCCCUGGGGCGAGUAUGCUGGCUGACCAGUAGCCCCAGCUUUUCAGAAACUGGGCAGGCCCUCUCCUUCCCUUCGCUCAACUUGUCUCCACCCAAGUUCUCUGCCACUCUGUACUUUCUGUGACUUUUCGAGGACCCCUCCCCCAGGAAGGAGAUGGAGGUGACGGUCCUGGGGUCGGACAGAGACGGGAAGAGAUAGGGUGGGUAGCGGCAGGCUGUGUUUUGGCUUGGGCUGGCAAGUUCUAAUGGACGAGAACUCCCCCCACGUCCCCAGCCCCUCUCUCAUUGCCGGGAAUCAUAGAGUUGGGAGCCGGAAUUCUCUUAGGGGACUCAAGAGGGGUUGUCAUCUCAGUAAGCUUCAGACACCCACUCCAGACCAAGGGGUGCCUGCCCUGUUCUGGGGGGUGGUAUUUAGGGAUAGAGCACCUUGGGGACCCUUUUUUUU